UUUAUUAAAAAAAAAAAGAUAAUUUAGAUAGUAAAUGGGUGAAAAGCCUCAAAGCGAUUGUGAAAAAAGACGACAGAUUUCUGUUGGCAGAAUUCCAACUUUAGAAACAGUAAAGCAUAUAAAACAAGCAUUUAAUCGUCAUAUUCAUUACACUGUUGUAAAAGACAGAAAUGUUGCUAAUAAUUUUGAUUACUACCAAGCUCUUGUACAUACUGUAAGAGAUCAACUUUGUAGCAGAUGGAUCAAGACACAACAAGAAUACUAUAAACAAGACCCAAAGCGUGUCUAUUACUUGUCUCUUGAAUACUAUCUUGGAAGAAGUUUAACAAACAUGAUGACCAAUUUAGGGAUAUUUAAUGAAUGUGAUGAAGCUAUGUAUCAGCUUGGUUUGGAAUUAGAAGAACUAGAAAAUCAAGAAGAAGAUGCUGGCUUGGGAAAUGGUGGUCUUGGGAGGUUGGCAGCAUGCUUUAUGGAUUCAAUGGCAACACUAGGAAUACCUGCUUAUGGAUACGGAUUAAGAUAUGAUUAUGGUUUAUUUAAGCAAAAGAUUUCUCAUGGAGAACAGAUUGAAAUUCCUGAUGAUUGGUUACGAUUUGGUAAUCAUUGGGAACAUUCGCGUGCUGAAUAUUCUCUUCCUGUUCAUUUUUAUGGUAAAGUAAGUUGUGAUAAAGAUGGUUUUCAAUACACUUGGCAUGACACUAAAGUUGUCAAUGCUAUUGCUUAUGAUAUACCAGUGCCUGGGUACGGAAAGGAUACAGUUUGUAACACAAUGCGGUUUUGGUCUGCAAAGUCGUCAAAAGAUUUUGAUUUGAAUUACUUUCAAAAAGGAGAUUAUAUUGCUGCUGUCCUAGACAGAAAUGAAGCAGAAAAUAUAACAAGAGUUUUAUAUCCUAAUGACAAUAUGUUUGAAGGAAAAGAAUUAAGGUUAAAACAAGAAUACUUGAUGGUUUCAGCAACGCUACAGGAUAUCAUUCGUCGCUUUAAAAGAGCAGAGUGUGUUCAUGCCUCAGAAAUGAAUUAUGAUAUAUCUAUGUUUCCUGAUAAAGUAGCUAUUCAACUUAAUGACACUCAUCCUUCUUUUGCUGUCCCUGAACUAAUGCGAAUUUUUUUGGAUGAAGAGAAACUUCCUUGGGAUACAGCUUGGGAUUUAUGUGUGAGAACAUUUGGCUACACAAAUCACACAGUGCUUCCAGAAGCUUUAGAAAGAUGGCCAGUUGAUCUCAUAGAAAAACUACUUCCUCGCCAUCUCAUUAUUAUCUAUGCUAUAAAUCAUAAUUUUCUAGAAAGUGUGAAAAAGCGUUUUCCUGGUGAUAUUGAUCGUCUAAGAAGAAUGUCUUUGGUUGAGGAAGAUCAUUCUCGUAAAAUAAAUAUGGCUCAUUUAGCUAUUGUUGGAUCGCAUGUCAUUAAUGGUGUUGCAGCAAUGCAUUCAGAGAUUUUAAAAAAGAAUAUUUUCAAAGAUUUUUAUGAGAUGUAUCCAGAGAAGUUUCAAAACAAAACUAAUGGUAUUACACCUCGUCGGUGGUUGCUUCUUUGUAAUCCAGCUUUAUCUGAUGUUAUUACUGAGAGGUUUGGUGAAAGCUGGAUUACAGACCUAUAUCAAUUGAAAGUCAUGAAUAAGCUUAACACAGACAUACAGCUUAUGAAAGAUUUUGAGCGAGUAAAGCAGGAAAAUAAAAUUGCAUUGGCUACCAUGAUUUUGACUCAGUUUGGCAUUAAAGUCAAUGUCAACUCAAUUUUUGAUGUGCAAGUUAAACGUAUACAUGAAUAUAAGCGUCAACUACUCAAUGUUCUCCACAUUAUUACUUUGUAUAACAGAUUGAAGGAUAAUCCUAAUGCGGAUUUUGUGCCCAGAACAAUCAUGAUUGGUGGAAAAGCAGCCCCAGGUUACUACAUGGCAAAGUUAAUAAUUAAGUUGAUCCUUGCAGUUGCAAAAGUUGUAAACUGUGACCCUGAAAUCGAUGAUAAGUUAAAAGUGGUUUUUCUGGAAAACUAUAGAGUUUCAAUGGCUGAGAAAAUCAUACCAGGCACAGAUCUUUCUGAGCAGAUAUCAACCGCAGGUACUGAAGCCAGUGGAACAGGAAAUAUGAAGUUUAUGUUAAAUGGAGCACUAACUAUAGGAACACUUGAUGGAGCAAAUGUUGAAAUGGCUGAGGAAAUGGGUUAUGAAAAUAUAUUUAUAUUUGGAAUGACAGUUGAUCAAGUUGAAGAAGCACAAAAGUCAGGUUAUAGGCCAUUCACUUAUUAUGAAAACAAUUGGGAGCUUAAAAGGUGCAUUGAUCAAAUUAGUGGAUCAUUAUUUGCUCCAAGUGGAACCUUUCAGCAUAUUGUUGAUGAACUGCUUCAUAGAGACAGAUUUUUCCUGUUAAAAGAUUAUGAAUCUUAUGUUGCUUGUCAAGACACAAUAUCUCAAGUAUACAGGGAUCGCGCUAUGUGGUUAAAAAUGUGUAUUAGUAAUGUGGCGAAUUCCGGAAAGUUUUCCAGCGACCGUUCGAUUAUGGAAUAUGCAAGAGAUAUAUGGCAUGCUGUCCCGGUUAAGCUCCCUAGCACAAACGGCAACUUCAAAGAUGAAUAAAAAUUUAUGGAGCAGUCCUUCUUCUUAUCCAUUUAUCUUUAACUUCUUUUUCUUUUAAACGAUUUAUUAUAAAAUAAAAAUAUAUAUUUACGCAACAAAAUCUUAAAGUUUAUUAUAUUAAAAAAAUAUAUUAUUUUUGAGAAAAUUUGUAAUAUAUGAUAAAAAUAACAAUUAAAAUUUUGUGUUUAAUUCUUUAUAUUUAUACUUUUAUAGUUUUUUUUUUGUUUUGAUAUUUUUAUUAUUGAAAAUUAAAGUAUAUUUGUAACAAUAAUAUUGUAUAUAGCUUAUUUGUGGCAAUAUUAUAGUAAAUUUAUACAAAUAAAA